AUGUUAACGCGAACGAGGACUUCGACAGUGGAGAAGAAAACAGUCAUACUGAACAAGGAGGCGAGGUGGCCACUGGGGGACAAGGCUCUAGAAGUGUUAGUGGAGACUAUGCUGUUAGUAGUAAAGAGCAAGACAACGAACAAGAACAACCUGACCACAACGACGCAGCAGAUGGCUCCUCAGACGAGGGGCGGGUGUCAGGACUUCAGGAGUUUCUCUCGAACCUCAUCUCUAGUACUAAUGCUUCUAGUGAAACUGCAGAUGUUCUUGAGAGAAGUGAUACUGGAUCUACCCAAGGACAGACGCCAUACCUCUAUUAUCCUGAAGACAACAUGUCUACUUCUCAGGAUACUGAAGACGACAUGAUGUCGGAGAGGGCUGAAGGUGGGAUGCAGACCCUUCGACAGCGCGGAACCCAUGCCUAUCGCGGCACAGAAGAGACGGCUGACAGCACUGACGAACCUGAUCUUUGAUGUAGUGUCAGUGAUGUACUUAAUAUCUAUGUUGUUGAUAUAGUGGGUCCGGGUCGCUUCAGGUAUUGUAUUCCCGCCGUAAUCGACCUGGUACGUAUCGAGAAGUAGAUGAAAAGAAAUUACACUUACAGAUAGACUUAGAUCACUUAGGAGCAGGCAAAGAUGAUGGAAAAAAUGGAGGAGCUGUACCAUCUGAUCGGGAAAUCGUAAGCACAAGAAAUUAGUAUUAUAGAGCAGUUUAUAGGGGUGCCAGAUCCGGGAUGGGAUGGAUCGGAUGGAUCGGAUGGAACGGAUGGACUUCCCACCAUUUCAAGUAGGACCGGAAGAAUCAGGGGGGUCCAUCCGAUCCAUCCGAUCCAUCCAAGUCCAUCCUACAUCCGUUCUAUAAACUACUCUAGUAUUAAUUAGUGCAUUUACUCAAUGACGAGUAGGUACAUAAACACAGCCGGCGUACAAUAUCGAAUGUUGUUGAAAUUAAAUCAAAAUCUAGUAGACGUUUCACGCCUGAACAAGUAAAAAAUGUUGUUAAAUCUAGACGUAGGCGUUUCACGCCUGAACAGGUAAAAUACUAAUCUACCCAUGCAGCGGACGAAGAGUACACGUUCAUCUAGUCUGUAUGAUCCUAUUUGUCUUGAUUCUUGUUCCUCGUAUUCAUCUGAUUCUCAAGGUGCGUGUACAACUAUUCAACGAGUACUUACAGUUUAUGAUCGAAGCAGUUUGUUACGGUUUAUGACUCAAGCAGUUAUAGUUUGUGAUUCGUGAUGAGAAUCUUCGUAAGAUUUUUCCAAGGUAACGUGUCACAUCGUGAUCAUGAUGUCCUUCCAUGAUUAUUAGUUUAGUUCAAUUUAAGGGUAGGCUAAAGGUGCUUUUGUUACCGUCUGUUAUGGCUCUCCUAAGGGGGACAGCCAUAACAAGCGGGAUAAACGAACAGCAAAAACCUACCUCUAAUCAAUCACUCAGUUCGAAGUCGUGGCUAUUAUUUCUUUGUUUAUCUUUUCAGUCCUAACUACUAGCUAGCAACGUGGUACAGAGAAACAUUUCCGCUCGACCACGAGAUGUUACAACUAACCAAAGUUUGAAUUGUGGUGUUUCUUGAGUUGGAUCAUAGAAAUUGAAAUCUCAUUUCAGAAACAGGUCAGGACUUCUUCUAGGAGAUCCGCAUGGUCGUGUGUUUUCACCUAGCCCUCGCAUUGGCAUUCUCUAGCGACAGGUGGAUGAUCAGUAGCAUUAUGUAUGAUUUUCCUUUCGGUCAUCGAUCUGUGAUGAAUCACCUCUAUUUCAAUGUGAUGAAACGUGAAUUAGUUUCCGGAAUGGAAGGGCGUUUACGGUAAGAAAGACACAGACCUUCUAUUGAAG